AUGUCCAAUUAUUUUUCCGCCGUCAAUCGCAACAAGAGAUCCCUGACGUUAGAUCUCAAGAAACCAAGCGGGAAGCAGGUGCUGCGUGACCUCUUACGCGAAGCCGAUGUUUUAGUUGAAAACUUUAAACCGGGAACAAUGGAUCGACUUGGUCUUGGAUAUGAUAGUCUCAAGGAAGCUUACCCGCACCUAAUAUACGCCAGCAUUUCAGGGUACGGCAGGUCUGGACCCUACAGCUCUCGCGGGGGAUACGAUCCGAUUGCAGGUGCCGAAGCCGGGCUUCUUCACGUAACUGGAGAGAGAAACGGGCCGCCUGUGCGCCCUGGCCUUGGUCUAAUCGACAUGUCCACGGGUCUCUACCUCCACGGGGCCAUUAUUGCGGCCUUGUAUGCUCGAGGCAUUCACGGCAAAGGCCAGCGAGUCGACGGGUCUCUGUUUGAAACGCAGAUGAGUAUGCUCAUAAAUGUCGGGCUCUCCUGGCUGAAUCUGGGGAUCGAGGCAGAGCGUUGGGGUUGCCAACAUCCAAGUAUUGCGCCUUAUGAUGCCUUUAAGACAAAAGAUUUAUAUCUGGUAUGUGGCGCGACUAAUGAUGCUCAGUUUGGCGACCUGUGUCGCCUUCUAGGCCUCGACUCGCUGCCCGACGACGAACGGUUUGCUACCAAUCCAAAGCGGGUGGACAAUCGGGAUGAGUUGAGCCGGAUCUUUAACAAUGUCUUACGGUCGAAAACCACAGAUGAAUGGCUGCAAGUCUUUGAAGGAACAGGGCUUCCGUUUGCACCCAUCAACAAUAUGCAACGAACGUUUGAUCAUCCUCAAGCUGAAGCGCGAGAUAUGGUGGCUUCUGUAGCAGUUGAAGCGGCCAAGUCGGGCAAAAUGAAGCUCAUUGGACCUGCUAUCAAAUUUAGCGAGAGUCAGACGGGCAUUAGACGCGAACCACCAGUGCUCGGGCAGCAUACAGACGAGGUGUUGGGAGAGCUGGGGCUCAGUAGUAACGAGGUGGCCAAGUUGAGAGAGCAAGGUGUGAUUUGA